AUGGCGACUCCGAGCGGCAGCACCGAUUCACUUGCUUCGGGGUCAAGUAGUAGCCAUAAUGCGAACCCGAGCUAUGGUUAUCCACACACCGCACUUGCUAUGCAUGCCCACCAACAUUCACAUUCACAUACACUCCCUCUCCCUUCUCCCCGCCCAAGCUUAGGACUUUCAACCUCUGCUCCAUCGGCGAGCAAUUCCGGAUUGGGGGUCGAGACCGAUGAAGGCGGCGAACAUACCGCCAGACCGGGCAAUGCUCACCAGCAUGCCGCUUUUCUCGGCAAUCCGCAUCACCACCAGAGCUUACCCCUCCCCGCAACUUUGGACAACAUGCGCAAUAGCCACACCCUCAUCACGACCAAUGGUCCUCUUACAACGGACCCCGAGGAGCAAACACCUCAGCACAUCGAUCCAGACGCAUAUGGAGGUACAGUCCGUACCUUGGCAGGGGCUCUUUCGAGGCCUUUAACCCCACAAGAGGCUGAAAGGCUUGAGACUCUUGACCGCCUUAAAUUCUUUCUCGCUACAGCACCUAGUCGCUGGGAUGUCGAUGGCGAAAUGGACGUCGGUCCUCAUCUGGGCCACCAUCCAAGCGCCAUAACUCCUACUUCUCAUCCUGCCCUUAACCGCUUCCUCCUCCCAUCUCAAGAGUACGUAUCGUGCGUAUUAUGGAACGGGCUUUAUCACAUCACCGGUACCGACAUCUCAAGCGUGCUAACUAAGCAGCAGGCGUUUUCUCGACCAGUACGCAACAUGAAAAAGUUCGAGGAAGGCGUUUUUUCGGACUUGAGGAAUUUGAAGCCAGGGACUGAUGCUUGUUUGGAAGAGCCUAAAUCGCCGUUUCUCGAUCUUCUAUUCAAAUACCAAUGCAUACGCACGCAGAAGAAGCAGAAAGUAUUCUACUGGUUCUCAGUGCCGCACGAUCGACUGUUCCUUGAUGCAUUGGAACGCGAUUUGAAACGCGAGAAAAUGGGAUUGGAACCCACCACUCAGAUCACAGGGGAACCAGCGCUGUCCUUCACUUACGAUAAUAAAAAGUCGCUAUACGAGCAGUUCGUCCUCAAUCGUGGGCGCGAUGAGGAUCCGUCGCCCGCAGGGUCGCGUAACCCCUCUGUCGGCUCACGCGACGACGACGGCGUAAAUGCAAGCUCCACGCCGUUCUUCGCCAUGUUUUCAUUAUUCGAAGGCAGUCCAACAUAUAAACAACGACGGAAAAAUAAAACGAAGCCAUCAAAUCUUGGUCCCGCCUUCGCGAUGGACGAAGAGGAAAGGCGAGGGAGAUCUGUGGGGAGAUAUGUUCCUGGAACGUCAAACGACCCAAUGGCCGGUGUGGCUGGAUUAAGUGCUGCAGAUAUGUUUAUGAUGCAAGCGAGGGGUGAAUUGCGAUCAGGCCGAGUCUACCCUAAUCGUCAUGCUGAGCAGCUACAACAUCCCAACAUACUGGCUGCUAUCCAACAAAGCCACGAGGAUACCAUGCGCGAGGCAUAUGCUGCGAAUCAACAAGUCGUAGCUCAGCAAGCCGCUCAGGCCCAAACACAGUCAACCUCGACAACUUAUGCUCCAGCGUCAUUCCCCGCAUCCUCCUACAAUCCUACCGAACUGAAAACCAAAGCAUUCAUAUGUCCCUUGUUUUCUUGCGGUCGACUCUUCAAGCGCAUGGAACACCUCAGGAGACAUCUUCGCACCCACACGAUGGAGCGACCGUUUGCGUGUCCGCGAUGCAACAAGCGGUUCUCAAGAAGCGACAACUUGAAUCAACAUGUUCGAACCCAUGUUCGUGCGGAAGGGACUGCAGGGAGUGGCGAGGCCUGGGCCAGUGGCGGUACCAGUGAGGAUGAAAGUGGGGGAGAAGAAAUCGAUGAAUUAGCUGGUGAUGAUGAUCAGACCAGCGGCAUUGGCAUGAAUCUUGAGAUGUAUGGUGGCUCUGCUGGGAUCGGGAUGGGUAUGGGUAUGGCUGGCGGUGUUGGUGGCAUUGGAGCGGGGGCUAGGCAAUUGAACGCCUACGAUGUUCAAAUGUGCGAGGUCGAGGUUCCCGGCGAUGUCAGGGAAGUUGUCGGCGACGAGGAAGGUCUAAUGAUGCCCCAGCCAACGGCGUUUUACCCAGGUUCCGCACCAGCGACAAGUGCUUCUUUCGGUUCCAGAAGCACGAAUGAUCAUCCUCAAUGGGCAACCCUCCGAUCAUCCCAAUCUGGUAGCCCUGCCUAUAGCACUAUGAGUGUUCCUUCCCCACCUCCGCCAGCCACCCAGUUCGCCCGCCAUUCUUCUGGGUCAUCCAGCGGCUCUUUGUACGAUAUGACAUCAGUCUCUGCGCCUUCACACAAACAAGCAUUUGAUCACAGCUCGUUAUACCCUCCUGGAAUGAUAGUCGAGUCCAGUGGAGGAGGUGCCGUCCGAAGACAUAGAAGCAUGACUCCUUCCCUCGCUCGCAACGGCGAUCCUAUACGUCGGCCGCUCACAUCCAACAGCGGUGAAUUUCCUGGGGUUGUUGGUGCUUCACCGUCCCGCGGAUAUCAUCCAUACGCCUACCCGGGUUCUGCAUCAGGCUCACGUGCAGGCAGCACCCACUCAAGCCCAUCGUUCAACAACCAUCUGCCCCUGGCACCAGAUUACGGUUUGCGGCGGUCUGAUUCACGCAACUCAAAUUUGAGUGGUAGUGGCAACAGCGGGAGUGGAUUGGGUGAUCAGAUGCGGCAAAUGAUGACACUCGAUGGAGAUGGGCAACAAGGAGGGCAAUACGCAAUGUAUAGGUCGGAAUCACCAGCAGCAUUCACCGGAACUGGUUCUCCACAACCAUUCACGACUUCGCCUGGCAUGUAUGCUACAGACUUGCCACCUCAACAACAACAUCCUCAUGCCCAAACCGUUCCGGCCCAGUUUGAAAAGUUAUAUGUCAUGGAGCAGGCUUAUGCACCAUCAACGGCUUCAGAUUAUUACCAACACCCACAACAUGUCAACACAGUCUGA